AUGACUGUCCUCAAACAAGUCCUCGAUAAUGCAGAGAUACAGGAGAGUGCUUUUGUCACUAUGACUGCUAGUAAUAAAGGCGGGGCUUCUAUGCUGGAGAAUGCUUUUGGGUCCCAAGGGGCUCAGGUCAUGCUCCCAGAACCAGCUUGGAGCAAGGUCCGGACUUACUGCCGUGAUGCAUUCUCUGAAUUCUUCGGAACUAUGAUCCUCAUCCUCUUUGGAGAUGGCGUGGUUGCUCAGGUCACACUUAGCAAAGGAGAAAAGGGUGACUAUCAAUCAAUCUCCUGGGGCUGGGGGAUCGGAGUCAUGUUGGGUGUCUACGCGAGUGGCAUCUCCGGAGCACACAUCAACCCUGCAGUGACCUUUGCAAACUGUGUCUUUCGCAAAUUCCCAUGGCGAAAAUUCCCCGUCUAUGCCAUUGCCCAGAUACUGGGAGCGAUGUGUGGAGCAGCUAUUGUCUAUGGGAAUUACAGGUCGGCCAUCGAUCAGUUUGAAGGGGGAGCACACAUUCGGACAGUGCCUGGGUAUUCUCCUACAGCCACCGCGGGCAUCUUCUGUACCUACCCGGCGGAAUUCAUGACCAGGACGGGACAAUUCUUCUCGGAGUUUAUCGCCAGCUCCAUCCUGAUGUUCUUGAUAUUUGCUCUGAAAGAUGACGGAAAUAUCGGGGCUGGUCCCCUUACCCCCCUUGCGCUCUUCUUUGUGAUAUUUGGCAUUGGCGCUUGUUUUGGGUGGGAGACUGGGUAUGCCAUCAACCUGGCUCGAGAUUUCGGGCCUAGAUUGGUUUCCUAUAUGAUCGGAUACGGCCCCGAGGUCUGGAGGGCAGGAAACUAUUACUUUUGGAUCCCCAUGGUAGCGCCAUUCAUAGGGUGCACUUUCGGCGGAUGGAUGUACGAUAUGUUCCUGUACACGGGGACAGAUAGCCCAGUGAACACGCCAUAUGCCGGACUACGGCGGCUGAUCCAGCCAGUGGAGAAAAAGUCGAUUGACUCGCAGAGCCAAGUAUGA